AUGAGGAUUGCAGCAGGCCUUCCUCACGACCUAUGGAAAGAGACCGUGGAAGCAUCCUGCUAUCUACGGAAUCGAACCCCUCGAGCCCCUAGGACUACGAACUCGAUUUCGAAUUCGUCGGAAGACUGGAAAACACCUCUUGAGCUCUUUACGAAGAAGGAUCAACCUCAACAGCAUGCCCAGCUCAAGGCGUACGGCUGCAGAGCCUAUGCCAUGACUUCUAACGCACAGCUAGGCAAGAAAAAGAGGCAGAAGCUUGAUCCACGGUCACAUAUAGGAUACCUGGUUGGAUAUAAUUCAACGAAUAUCUUCCGAAUCUGGAUUCCACAACGAAGAAAGGUCAUUUCGACAAGGGAUGUUAUUUUCGAUGAAUUUACCUAUUUUGAUGGGAAAUUCGAGCAGCCGACGCUGCUUCCUAGCAUCAAUGACCUAAUUCAACGCGUUGAGAUACCGGAGGACCAGAAAAUCAACCAGGAAAUCCUUGACGAAGAAUCGGAGCUUGAGAGCGUGUUCGACGAAGACUCGGAGGAAGAAGAAGAGGAACAGACCGACCUUACCGAUAACGAAGAAGACUAUAAGAGGGCUAGGGAGCUUGAAGAAGCUUCUCUUAUAACACCUCCACUGACAGAAGAAGAUCCUGAGGCAGGAUUCUUGGUCUCUCUUCCGGUUGCUACCCCUAAGGGGGUGGGGCGGUUUGACAACUCCUGGAAAGCUUCCUUUUUAUCAAUCGACGAGUCAAACAGACCUCUUUCUACAUCGUCUACCAAGGAAUCAUCCGGAACUCAAACCACUGCCGACUUUGGACCGAUUUAA